AUGAAGGCGAACGAGGUGUGGAACGCCGUUAUGCAGGGUGACAUGGAGAAGCUGCGCCAUCUAACCCAUGCCAAAGCACCGAGACCAGAUUUUGGCAAGCGGUUCGACAACCAUCACUGGAACAUACUGCACCAUGCCGUCGUCAGUCGCAACCUGGACUGUGUGAAGUUGGUGGUGGAUCACUUCCAUCCCGAAACUAACGUGCGCUGCUACGAAGGUCUAACACCACUGGCACGCGCCUGUGAGCAGUCCGUGUCGGGCGAGAUUGUUAGCUACCUGUUGCAUCUGGACCGAAGUGUGGUAAACAUGGGGGACACGGAAAGUAUCACUCCGCUGCACUACGCCGUAUCAAACGAUCGGUUGGAUCUGGUCGAGCUACUCAUUGCACACGGUGCUGAUGUUAACAUGAUCGAUUACGCGGACGAAACCGCACUCCAUACAGCCGCGUUCGAUACGGGCAACAUCGAAAUUGUAAUCUAUCUCCUGUUCAUCGCCAAAGCCAAGUGGCAAUUUCUUCCCGAGUCGGGCGAUUUCAAUGGAAUCGAUAUAUUUAGUGCGAGGGGACCGUGUUCGGCCCGCAACAAGGUGGCUUGUUUUAAAAUUCUCUACAACUACGAACAUCCGGACCAUAUGUAUCGCCAGCGGUAUUAUGUGAACGACAUUCUGAAGUCGGCACUAUUAAGCUAUCGCUCCCAGUCCUCUCUGAUCCCGUACUUCAUCGAAACGGAACUGAAAUGGGAAAAGCAGACCCGUGUUCGCUCUUUGUACGAAAGACUGAUUCCCGACUAUGAACUGCUGGCAAUGUUAGUGCUGUGCGAAUGUGGCCCCGUAACGAACGAACGAGAGGAGCUGGAAUACACCUGGCCGCUGGUGUGCUGUGUCCCCUUGUUGACCACCGAUUUGGUGCGGUUGUUAACAUUUUUCAUACAAGGCGAUGCGAACCGGUCGGCCGAAGCGGUAUCGGAUUUGUUGGUCGAUUUAGUAGAUUUUACCAAAAUCUCGCUUAAAGUCAUGAAACAAACGUGGCAAAGCAUAAUGCCCACCGUUUUGCAGGAAAUUCAUAGUUUGGAAAAUGUGAAAAUUAACUCCGUGUUGUACAAUCAGUACCAAAAGGCUGUCGAUAGCCUGGCGCUGAUGUACGGUACCGACCUGGAUGCACUCGUUAAACACUUACUCACCGAAAUUGUGCCCACGAAGGUGGACAUACUUUUUCCCUGUCUGAAGUAUUGCUCUUACGGAUUUCUUGCCCGUAGGAUUAGCGAUACGAUCGCCAAGAAACCGUUGUACCAGUGGCUAUUGCAUCGGUUUGGUACAUGGAAAGUGAUAAACAGUAUUAUAGGUAAGCCCCAGUUUGAGCUGUUCACGCUGAAGCGGUUGGCCCGCGAUACCGUGCGCGAAACGGUGUGGCGCUACAUGAACCGACUAGCGCCCGAUAAGGUUUACAUUCUCAACAAACGGCUCCAGUCACUAGAUAUACCGCAUGAAAUGAAACUUUAUCUCAUCUAUAGCGACAAUUCCUCAAUGAUGUACUUCGUGUAG